AAUGCUUGUGUAAGUGUGGGCUUGAUGUCAAAAUCUACAGCCCAGCAGGAGAGUUGAUGUUUAGUAAUCAAUUAUGCAUUUUCCCUGAGAUAGAGGCUUAUGGAAUCUAACACAGAUGCUUUAGCACAACUGAAAUCUUAGUGCUGUUAUCAUGAGUUUUUUACAAAAGUAAUUUCAAGCUUAGAAAGAGGAAAAAUGUUGGACGCGGAGCCUGUUUUGGGAGAGAAAGUGUUGUUGUUGUAGGCCGAAAGCAGUGAAUCCACAGCAGCUCAUGCUGUACAAAGAAAACUUUGGAAACGAGUAAAAGUUGGCAAGUAAUGGAAUGGAAUACACAACAGGCCAGAGUAAGGCCUUCCUCCUAUCUUGCAGUGCAAACUCAUAUGGAAUUGGCCAAAGAAAAAAAGGCACCAUCUCUGGUGGUUCAUGUCGAGCAGAAAGGGGAAAGAAAUGAGACACAGUAUGUGACAGUGACAAUUCAGCAGUUGUGGGAUAGCCAUGAAAAGGAUCCAGAGGUGACCAUACAAGUACAACCUCAAGGACAAAAUAUGCCAUCUGUUAUUGUUGAAAUGCAACAAAAUCACAACAAUGUUGAUGAAGCCAGUGUGUCCAUAAAGGUACAACAGCCAACUUCAGGAGAAGAGAUAGCAGGCCCAAGUGUAACUGUGCAGAUCCAGCAAAAGGGUCAAGGAGGAGAACAUCCCCAUAAGAAUGUCCACUGGCAGCCCACCAACACAUCCGAAGAUGCUGCUCAGAUAAUCCAAGAUCAUCAGCAGGCCCGAUAUAAGAAAUGGGAUGUAGCUCCUCUAGUGAAGCAGCACCAGCAGCCUCAAGAUUGGGAAAAGCUAGAUGUGAUAGAACCAAUGUUGCUUCAGCAAAAUACAAAUGAUUCAACUGUGAACUUCCUGCAGCAUAAUAGCCUUAAUCCAAGCACUGAGCAGAUGAAAUUUGCACAAUUCCUACAGACAAAUCAAAAAGAAAAUAGAUCAGAGGUAGGAAUAGCUGAAAAUAAGCUGCAUGAUAACAGCCAAGAUAUAACAACUACAAAAAUACCAUAUAUUCAUCCACAGGGUGUGAGUAAAGAAGACUCGGAAGAAUUCACCACUGAGCUGCACCAGGAGCAGGGAAAUGACAAUGUUAGUGCCUCUGGUCAGAAGCAACUUAAUUUAGAUGAAGGUGCACAGACAGCAAAUGUGGAGAAGAAAGUGCAUGGGUGUGAAACACAACCAGUAUCCAAGAAACAUGAGAGAUAUAUGCCUAAUUAUUUUGUUGCAAUCCCAAUUACAAAUGACGAGAUUUUAGAUAACAUUGAAGAUGUCCAAGAACUUAUAUUCACUAAAGAACCUAACUUGCUGAGAGCCCUAAUUCCAGUUCAAACAAUGCAUCUUACCAUUAUUGUAGUUCAUCUGAGAACAGAAGAUGAUAUGAAAAGGGCUGUUUCUGCUCUAGAGCACAGCAAGGCCAAAGUGCAAACUCUCUUGCAGGGGAAACUCUUUAGCAUGACAUUUCAUGGGAUUGGCCAGUUUAACAACCAAGUGAUCUAUGCUAAAAUGUCAGAGGAUGAAUUGCAAAUGCUAAGCAAAAUUGCAGAAGCUGUGGAGAGCUCUUUUGUUGAAAUGAAUGUAGACAUCACCGGCAGCAAAAACUUCAGACCACACCUGACGUUUCUGAAGCUGUCUAAAAUACCUGCAUUGAGAAGGAAGGGGUUCAGAAAAAUUCGAGAAGAGCUGUAUAAAGAGUAUGAAGAUAAGCAUUUUGGCACAGAGAUCUUAAGUCGACUGGACCUCUGUGCCAUGCAUAAAAAGAAGCAGGAUUCUGGUUACUAUCAUUGUGAAUGUUCUAUUAAUGUAUGCCCCACAAAUUCAGAUGGUAAUAAGAAUAAAGAUGAACAAGUGGAUGAUCCAAAAGAAAGCAUUCAUGGUGUUCCUCCUAAAGAUGGCAUACUUGACAUAACACCUGGAGACAAUGAUCUUGUGCAUCAAAAUAAUUAGAAAGUGGAUGGAAAUGUUGAUGAGCCUUUGGCCAUAACGGUGAGCGAAGAAAAUGGUGUGAAUACAACAGAUACUGAAAUGAGAGCCAAGGAUGAAAUUUUCAGUGUGGACUGAGAAUGGUUCAGCUCCCGAAUGGUUGUCAGCAAAUCUUAAAUUAUUGAAGUCUAAGAAAAAGCAGCCUUGAUAGAUGGAGAGUUGGAAAGAGUUGGACAAGAGAGAGAAGGCUUCUCAGCAGCUAGCCAUUAAUGUGGAAAGGUACAAAGUCUUCUUCAACUAGAAGCAGAUGCAAACUGCCACUGGUGAUGUCAAAUGCAAAUAUAUGGCAAAGUACUGCAAGGGAGGGGGAGCAAAUGCUGUGGAGUGGGUCGGUCACCUAUCAUUAGUACAAAAUUUGAUUUGUGUAAAUAGUAGGAAAAAAUUUUCAUAGUUUAAUCACAAGAAUAAGAGGCACUUACACAUUUCAGUUUGUACAAAAACUAUGUUGCGUUUUAUUAAAGCAUUUUGU